AUGUGCAGACAACAGUGGCUCUCGUUGCUUUUGGCUUUGCUGCUAAUUUACUGUGGUCUCGGUGCCAAUUCAGCAGUCAUUGCGCGAAACGAUGACCUGUGUAUGAAAUAUUUACCGUCGAACUGCAAUGAAGCAGUUCAUUUGGCGGGGAGCAAAGCUAAAAGUGGAAUAUAUAAAAUUGGAUUGCCACUGCCACAAGGUGUUGUUAAAGAGUUCUAUGUUAACUGCUUGCUGGAUCCAUUGGGUGGAGAAGCCUGGACGCUAAUACAACGACGACAAGAUAAAUCUAUAGACUUUUAUCGUGACUGGAAAGAGUACAAGAACGGCUUUGGCAACUUAAAUACGAAUUUCUUUAUUGGUCUCGAUAAAUUACAUGCCAUAACGGAAUCACAGUUGCACGAAUUAUGGAUCGAGUUGAAGGAUUUCGACGGUGUGAAGAAGCAUGCCAUGUACGACAGUAUUGCCAUUGCCGAUGAAAGCCAAAAAAUAUGCAUUGACAAGGCGACUCCAUAA